ACUUUCCUGUAAAAUGUACGAAUCAUGAGAUUUUCUCAGUAACAAUAUGUGCCAUAGACUUCUACCUGCAAAACCUGGCAAUUGUGACAUCAUGCCAUUCAUUUAUAACAAAAAAAAAAACCACCAAGAAAUAACCCAACACUAGACAUGGCUCAUCUUAGAGGCCCAAAUAUGUUAUGAAGCAAAUAUGUUAUGAAUUUAAAAUUAGAUUUUUAUUUUAUUUAAAUGUGUGCACCUGAACACAAAAGUUUUUUUGUGAUUUGCAUAUUCUUCAAGCAUUUUCAAUUAUGCGGAAAUAUCUGUUAAACUAAAAUCACAAUAUUAUCAUAAUAGUGUUUCAUAACUCUUUAAUUAAUUUCGGAAAAGCAAUUAAAUAGACUGCAUUGUAAAUAGACUGAAUACAGUAUUGCAUAAAGUGGAGCAAUUUUUGAUAGUUUUCUUAAAAACAAAAUGCUAAAUAGCACAAAACGUAUUUGAUAUUGUGUUCAUGUGUAGCUCAGUGGUUAUAAGCAUUGCGUUAGUUCUUGGGUGCAAUCCACAGCUACAGAUCAAAUGUAAUUCUUGAAUCAAAAAAGUCGCUGUGGGUGAAAAGGUCUGUCAAAUAACAAAUGAAAUAGCUCAAGAUCUUCACUAUAGGCUACAGAUUAAAAAGAAGACCCUGAGAUUACUCUUCACUCAUCCUUCAUCUCUCUCUCAGCGCAAAGGUGACUGCAACUGUUUCUCUGUUUAAAACAGGCCAAUCCAUUUAUCCAUUUAAACACUCCUACGUGCUUUUUUCACAGCUGUAGCUCCGUCUUUCACUGCAGACAUCCAAUGCCUACAUAUUCAGACAAUCAGUCCGCCUGUAUGUACUGAGCGCGUCCCCGCGAGCUGAUGAACUUUUGGUGCGUCAAGCGCUCGUGCGCAUCUGCGUUUUCGACGCCGUGGACUUAGAAGAUAUACAUUUAUGGGGCGAAUACAAAUUAACGCUUUAUCUUUUUUAAGAAAAGUAUGAGGAGUGAAAUCAUCUCGUCUUUGAGAAGGAUAAAGGCAUUUCAAAUGUGAAAACAACCGUUUAGUACUGUGGAGAGCUCAUGAAACUGAGGAAUAUUUCGACACCAAUUUGUUUAGUAGGAUAUUUUCCGCCAGAUAAUAAUUUUGGGGACUUAAAUUUCUUAAAUAAUUUUAGGGACUUGAAUAAUAUCUUACAAAAUAAACCGAAUUUCUGUCACAUGUUUUUCGCGCGGUUUAGGUUUGCCUCGCGCAAUAUCCUUUUUGUUACCCUUGACAUUUUUAAGAUCGUAAACAGAGCGUUAACGGUUUUCGGUGUUUAUGAAAAGGAAACUAUAGUUAAUGUUGACAUUAUAAGAUCAACCUAUCUUAUGUUUUAACCGAAAGUGUGUUGCUCUUCCGCGGGUGUUUUUAGCGCGACUAACUUGCGAUCAAAAACUUUUGUGCGCCCUGCUGAAAAAAACAAUAGAAACCAUCACAGAAAUUCUAAUGGUUUCCAUUAAAAUUCCAAUAAGAACCUUCCUUUGUAGUGUGUUUUGGGACAUAUUCCAGUAGGAUUUAAUUCCCCGACCAACAGAAUCCAACACAUACCAACAGAGACCCAUAAAGACCAUUAUAGUUUUCAUUACAACCAAUAAAAUUCCCAUUAAAACCAUUAGAAUUUAUGUGAUGGUUUCUAUUGUUUUUUAGCAGGGUGGUUUGGUCGAUGUAUUAAAAUGCUAGCUGCUAAAACAUACAUGCACAAUUAUACGUAAAAAAUAGGGUUGUUCAAUGUAUACCCAAAUGGGUACCACAUAACCGCCAACGCAUUUUAGCUUUCACUUUUGUAUUUUUAUUAAUUUAUUGGCACCCACGACCUGAGCAGAUGCACGAGAGAGAUUCCUGCUGAGUUCAUGUGUCAUUCUCUUUAAGAUCUUGCGUAGUCAUACUUAAACAUUGGCAGAAGAUCUCAAGGUUUCCUCCCCAGUGUAUUGGAUUGCGCGAAGGAACAACACCUGUCUGGUUUGUCUAAAGGUCUCUUUUUCUGCUACGUGUUGAUAUGUUGAUAUUCAACUCCACGUUUCGACAGGGAUCAUUCUCCCGUGUAAAUAUGAAGCUGGAUGAAACGAUGUUUCUGUAUGAUGCGCGCACAUUGCGCUUUACGCGCUGAGAGACACCGUGAGCACCACCGACAAAACACGCAUUCGUAUAGCCUAUUUAAUAAAAAAACUGAAGAUUAAAGAAGUUUUCAAGGAUUGAAGUGAAAAUAUAGCAUGGAAAUGUGGAUUAUUGCACUGUGGAUGUUUGAAGUUUUGCGUGGUACUUCAGUUGAAGCACAGCAUGUGGACCCUGAGGUUGGCUUAACAGCUCAGGAACAAGUUCUCCUGUUGUAUGACAUCAAACUCCAGUGCCUUCAGAACAUCUCCGAGCACAACCCUACGGAAGAAGUAUGUUCUCCUGGAUGGGAUGGAUUGGUUUGCUGGCCCCAGGGAUCCUCGGGAAAAGUCACCAAAGUCCCAUGCCCCAGCUAUGUCUAUGACUUCAACCACAAAGGGUUUGCGUACCGUAAGUGUGACUUUAAUGGAUCAUGGCUUUCGGUGGAGAACAGGACUUGGGUGAACUAUUCAGACUGCCUACACUUUUUGACUCCUGGGAUUGGAAAAGGCAAAAGAGACUUCUUUGAACGCCUUCACAUCAUGUACACGGUGGGCUACGCCGUGUCCUUCAGCUCUCUGCUAGUUGCCAUUUUCAUCAUCGGAUACUUUCGGCGUCUUCAUUGCACUAGAAACUACAUCCACAUGCAUCUAUUUGUGUCGUUCAUGCUCCGCGCGGUCAGCAUCUUCAUAAAAGACAGAGUGGUGUACGCCAACGGUGUGCUGCAGGAGUAUGACACUAUGCUGAUGGACAACAUCAGCACCAUCUCCAUCUCUCCCCUCGACAAGAGUCAGUAUGUUGGCUGCAAGAUUACCGUCUUGUUCUUCAUCUACUUCCUUGCCACAAACUACUACUGGAUCCUAGUGGAGGGGUUGUAUCUCCACAGCCUCAUUUUUAUGGCCUUCUUCUCCGACUCCAAGUAUUUGUGGGGAUUCACCCUCAUAGGUUGGGGUGUUCCAGCACUCUUCGUAUCCACCUGGGCUGUCGUCAGGGCAACGCUCGCAGACGUGAGGUGCUGGGAGCUGAGUGCUGGAAAUAUUAAAUGGAUAUACCAAGUUCCCAUCUUGACAGCGAUUGGGCUGAAUUUUAUUCUGUUUGUGAAUAUCGUACGAGUUCUGGCAACCAAGAUCAGAGAAACAAACGCGGGCCGCUACGACACACGCAAACAGUGCAGAAAGCUGGCAAAGUCCACUCUGGUCCUGGUUCUGGUGUUUGGAGUACAUUAUAUUGUUUUUGUAGGAAUGCCGCACACAUUCACCGGUCUGGGUUGGGAGCUUCGAAUGUACUGUGAACUCUUCUUUAAUUCGUUCCAGGGAUUUUUCGUGUCCAUUAUCUACUGCUACUGCAACGGAGAGGUUCAGACUGAAAUUCGUAAAACGUGGCUCCGCUGGACGCUUGCCUUUGACUGGAAGUGUCCCGUGGUUCUAGCCAAUUAUCGCUACGGGUCAGUUCUGAAUAGCAGCGCCAACAGCGUCCAGUCCCAGCUGACCUCUGUGACCCGCAAUUCUGCCCUCCACACCAGCAGGGUGUACCGAUGCGGAGGUCAGCCCAACGUCACCUCUUUCAUACACACACAUUCGCACAUACACACCACCCUGCCUGGUUACGUCUUCAGCAACUCGGAUAUCGAGAGCCUCCCGCCUUCGAUUCCCGAAGAGAGCGAGGAAGACGCCAAACAGAUCGACUGCAUCACCCUCAAAGAAAAUUACAUCACCGUACGACAGGAAGCCCUCAGUAUAUGUUUCGAGGAGAGCGGACAAAGUUCGUAUGAUGUCACGCUUGGGGAGGCCAGUGGGGAUGCUGAUGACAUAAAGAGGGGCAAUGAUGGCACUCAUACAGAGAACGGCAUAAGCAGCGACGAUAGGCGUUCUUUAUCGUUAAGGUACGACUGUUUGGAUCAGGACGGUAACAAAGUGCGCUAAGGAACUUUUUUUGGGGACAUUUCCUGGGACUUAAAACUUUUUUAAAAUAUUAAAAGAAAUCGAUGGGACAUUGCAAAAGCCAGUCACAUGGUGAUGCGUCCUAAAUAAUGCAUGAAAACCAAGUCCUUGUGUUUAACCCGUUAAGUUUUGUUCACUUCUUUGUUGGACUUUUCCAACUAACGUCACUGCACCUGUGUACAAGAUCGCUUUUGUGGUUAAGUUUGUUUAACUGUACUAGUAAGGAUUUGCUUCGUAAAGUCUCACACUGUACGCAAUAGGGUGAUUCUCACGAAAUCCAGACUUAGAAGGUGUCCAGCAUCAGAUUUUAAAAAAAGAAGCCAAUUUUUUUGCACAUAUAAGAUUAAGGUCUUACUAUACUAUAACUUACUAUAACCAAUAUUUUUUGAGGAUUUAAAAAAUAUUUCCUAUAGAAUUAUUUACAAUUUUUAGAUUAUCAUUUUCAAAAAUCAUCAUUACCGCAACAUUAAAUAUAUGCAUUUACAAACUCAUGUUUCGGUAAUGAGAACUAAAAAGUUGUCUAGGUACUAUGACAAACAAAAUUUCAACUUUUAUCUGGAGAGAAAAAAUAAGAACUGCUUACCUGGUAGCCAUCUUGCGUGUUACAGUCAAUUAUGUCCCUUCCAACAAUGAUUAAAAAUUGUUGCGGAGGAUGAGAAAAUUGGUCUCGGACACAUUUAUAUUCCUUAUUAUCAAAUACCACAUGUUUCUUUACUGUAAAUGUUUAUUGUAUAACAUGCACUGAAACUUUUUAUAUUUUGGAUUUUUUAUCAAAAAUAUUUCCAUGUCAAAGAACCCAAAUCCAGUCAUGGACACAUUGCGGUAAUGAAACUUUUCCUCUUAAAUGUGAAAAAAACUACAAAUCGGUUUGUAUGAUGUCAUUUGAAAUCAUGUGCAAAAUAGUACAUGAAGAGAUGUUUGUAACUGUAUGCUUCUUAUUUUGAUAGCAUUUACUUUUUUUAUCAAAAUGUUUCAUGACACCUCAUAAGUCUAUUUUUACGAAAAUCACCCAAUAAUGUUUGUUUUCGCGAACUGUUCGCAAAUCGUUUGCUCGUAUCAUUUCCAAAACACAAGCACAAUGAUUUUCGCCAUAAACAUUCUUGGCAGAAUUACCUUUUUGCAAACCGUUUUUAUAACAAUAGUUUGCCUUUGAAUGAGGCCCAGUGUUUCUAGUUUGAGUUUUAUACACUCGAUCAGUUGUUUAGCAAGACGAUUAGUAGGAUAUAUGACUUGGCGUGCAUGUUUUGAUUGUACCAAAUUUUACAUCAGCAAUUUUUUUGUACUGUCAAAAAAUCUUUUUUUGUAUGUAUUGUGCAUUGCUGUUUGAAGCGUAAUAAAUACACUAAAACGUGCAUACAGUAGACGUCUUUUAAAAAAUGAACCGAAAAUCUUUAUAGCGGGCUGCCGGUAAAACGUAAUUUUAAAAACUUGACCUUUGUAGAUAUCUCAGUUGUAUUAGAAUUUAAUAACAGUAGAUAUAUUUGAAAAUCCCAAGAUGUGUGGCUUUAUUAAAGAUGAUCAGAUGACGUAAAGGUUAAGUUAAGAUGAAAAACCCUAAUAAACUCGAGUGUUGGUUAGUUUAAAUUGACUGCUGAGCUCUUCCUCGACCCUUUGAGGUUAGGCCAUGUGCACAUACAGUAAUUGCAGUAACACUACCAUCCUCGACAGGUCUUUUAUGGAAACAAGGAAUAUAAAUACGUAUUUUA